UAUCCAUGAUAUAUGGAGCUUGAGGCCCCAAGGCGCUAGCGCGAUCGUGGAGUUCAGGCAUUUCGAUCGAUCGAUCAGGUCGAUCAGCGGCGCCUCACAUUUCGAUCGAUUCCCGAUCGAUUCCUCCAUAAUCUCUGGGAUUUCCACGGGGUUUGGGAAGAUUUGGGAGGAAAUCGUACAUGUCGUGUUAGUCGAGCUGUCGGUUUCUCUAGGAACUGUGUUGGACGCAUUAGGCAAGGCAUCUUAGUCGCAGGAUCGACGACGCGAGAGUUUUCUUUCCUUUUCUUUAGCGCUCGCGUGUGUAAGAUGCGUGAAUACACUUCAGGCUGGUGCUAACAUCUUGGAAUUCUUUGGAACAGGGCAGAGAUUCUCUGGGAGUGAUUGGAGUGUAGAAAAUUCGCUCCUGGUGGUUGGAAAAGCUUGGACCGCUCUAUUUCUAUCGCUGCUCCUCCCCGACGGGGUUAGCUACGGCGCCUUCCUGUAUGCAGUUCGAGCUCCUCCGGGUGACUAUAGUCGAAUGGCGAACGUAUCCAAGGCGAAUGCUGGAUCUACUUGUUGCCAAUCAGCAGCCCCCAGGUUGGAGCAGGGAUCAUCUCUUCGGGGGGAAGUCGUGUCUGGGAUUUCUUCCUGGGCUGCUGCCGAGGAAGCCAGCAUCGCUUUGAGUGCUCCAGAGAGCUACGCUUCUGUCGAGACUGUCAGUGAGCCUGUGAGCACCAUCAAAGCUCCUGCGGUGGUGCUUCUCAAGGCACAGCAGAGCCAUCCUCUGGAUCCGCUCAGCCCGGCUGAAAUUAAAGUCGCCACCGAGACUGUGAGAGGUGCUGGAAAAUCUGCUGAAAUUCGUGAUGCUAUGAGAUUUGUUGAGGUGGUUUUGAAUGAACCCGAAAAAGAUGUGGUCGCGCUGGCUGACGCACACUUUUUUCCUCCUUAUCACCCGGCUCAAGGCUUGCGUACAACUGCGAAGGGAUUGCCCCUGAUUCCUUUCCAGCUUCCUCCUAGACAAGCAAAACUUACAGUCUACAAUGUCGCCAGCAACGAGACGAGCAUCUGGAUUGUGGAGCUGACGGAAGUUCAUGCUUUGACUCGAGGUGGACAUCGCAAAGGGAAAGUUAUCUCGUGUGAAACAUUGACCGAUGUUCAGCCGGCUUUUGAUGCCGAAGAGUACGCUCUGUGCGAGGCAGCCAUUAAGGCUUACAAGCCGUUUGUGGAAGCCGUGAAAAAGAGAGGUAUAGAAAACAUGGAUCUGGUUAUGGUUGACCCAUGGUGUGUCGGGUACUUUGGCGAACGGGAUGCUCCAAGCAAAAGGCUUGCAAAGCCACUGAUAUUUUGCAGAACCGAGAGCGACUGUCCGAUAGAGAAUGGGUAUGCGCGACCGCUCGAAGGCAUACACAUUCUUGUGGACCUCCAACACAUGAGAAUUCUCGAGUUUGAGGACCUCGAGUUCGUUCCUUUGCCUCCGCCGGAUCCGCUGAGGAACUACACGCCGUCACAUAUUCGAGGGGGGCUCAGAAGUGACUUGAAGCCGCUAAAGAUCAUGCAACCAGAUGGUCCGAGCUUUCGUGUUGAUGGAUACCACGUUGAGUGGCAGAAGUGGAACUUUCGCAUUGGAUUUACUCCGCGAGAAGGACUUGUGAUUCAUACAGUUGCUUAUGAUGAUGGAAGCAGAGGAAGGAGGUCCGUCGCGUAUCGGCUGAGCUUUGUGGAGAUGGUUGUUCCGUAUGGAGAUCCAUUAGAGCCGCACUACAGAAAAAACGCAUUUGACGCAGGAGAAGACGGACUUGGAAAGAACGCGCACUCACUCAAGCUGGGCUGCGAUUGCUUGGGACAUAUCAAGUACUUCGAUGCGUUUUUGACAAACUACCGGGGCAGCGUGGAGAAGAUUGAGAAUGCGAUCUGUAUGCACGAAGAAGACUAUGGGAUUCUUUGGAAGCAUCAGGACUGGCGCUCGGGACUCUCUGAAGUUCGACGAUCGAGAAGGCUAACUGUGUCUUUCCUUUGCACAGUUGCAAACUACGAAUAUGGCUUCUACUGGCAUUUCUACCAGGAUGGAAAAAUAGAGGCUGAGGUGAAGCUCACGGGGAUUCUCAGCCUGGGAGCACUUCGUGCUGGAGAAAUCAGGAAAUACGGGACUGUUAUAGCUCCUGGUUUAUAUGCUCCAGUUCACCAGCACUUUUUCGUGGCCAGAAUGAAUAUGGCUGUCGACUGCGUCCCUGGAGAACAAGCAAACCAGGUUGUGGAAGUUAACGUUCUCUCGGAGAAAGCAGGCUCGGACAAUCCUCACAAUAACUCGUUCUACCCGACCGAGACUGUGCUAAAGUCUGAGUUACAGGCUCAGCGAGACUGCAACUCUCUCUCCGCUCGCCAUUGGAUUGUCCGGAACACCCGAAGUUUCAAUAGAAUGGGCCAGCUGACGGGCUACAAGCUUGUUCCAGGCUCGAAUUGCCUACCCCUCGUAGGCGAGAACGCUAUGAUGCUCCGACGAGCAAAGUUUCUCCACCACAACCUGUGGGUGACCAGCUACAGCCCCGACGAGCGAUAUCCCGGCGGAGACUUCCCAAACCAGAAUCCUCGAGUUGGAGAGGGGCUGCCUACAUGGACGAAGCGCGAUAAGAACCUGGAACAGGCCGAUAUAGUGCUAUGGUCAGUGGCUCACUUUGGUUUGAUACGAUCUUUCAUGGUUUUCUCGUGGAUUUCCAGGUACACUUUCGGCGUGAUCCACGUACCAAGGCUGGAAGACUGGCCUGUGAUGCCUGUGGAACAUCUUGGAUUCUCGCUCGCGCCUGUGGGAUUCUUCAAUUGUAGUCCAGCAAUCGAUGUUCCUCCAAGUGAGCAUCAAGCCAAUGCUGCCAAAGAGGAUGUUGCUGCUGUUGUGAAACCCGCUGCUGCAACAAGUAUGGUAAUCUCGAAGCUGUGAAUGAAAGUAGCUGUGUUCUAUAAGCUUUUAAAUCAAAAGAUUGCACGAAGGUUAGUUUUA